AGGUUGUUUUUCCUUUCUUGGGUCGUCUUCUCUCACUCACCGAAGCUGAACGCGACGUUUAUUUUUUUCUUGUAUUUUAUUCCUAGGGUUGAUCUGGAGACUAGAUUUUCCUUCCAUUCUUCGUAUCAUAAAUGCUCCGCUAGUGUUCUAUGAUUUAAACUUUUUUCUUCCUCUUUUGCUUGUCUCUUUCUCGUCUCUCUCUUGCACUCGUUCUAUACAUAUUUGCUUUCAUAUCCUUUUCAUUUUCAUUCAUUUCAUUUCGUUUCUUUUUUAAAAGAGCGGAAUCAUUUCUAUUUAUAUCACCAAGGUUGGUUAGUACUAUUCGGACACUUAGCAGCAGAGACUUGGCGUAUCUACUGUACAUGGGAUACCUCUAAGCGACUCCAUCUUCGGCAUUCCAUAACUGACAAGGGCAAGAUAUAGGCAGUGAUAUAUCAAAUACAGAUAACCACACAAGAUCACAAUGCGCUUUUCAUUAUCUCAUGUCCUGGCUGGUGCCCUGAUGGGCAUUGCUGGCGUCUCGGCCAUCCCUCAGCAACCCACGUCUGCAGCGUCCCCAACCUUAGUUUCAUUAGCAUCGCCAUCACAGACUUCAUCGUCAUCUUCAGACCAGUCACAAGUCUGCAACAACUCGCCUGUACUAUGUGAUCGCCAUUACAACGACAUCACCUACAUGGGAGCCCACGACAGCGCCUUUCUCAGAGACGCGAGCACCGGCAACUCCAUUGCCGGUAACCAGUUCCUCAACGCCACGGAUGCUCUGGACGCUGGCCUGCGUCUUCUUCAGGCACAGGUUCACAACGAGAACGGCACUCUUCACCUGUGCCACACCUCCUGCGGCCUUUUGGAUGCCGGACCCCUGGAGAACUGGUUGGCAGACAUCAAUGAUUGGGUUGUUAGCCAUACCUCGGACGUCAUCACCCUCUUGCUGGUCAACUCGGAUGAGGAAAAUGUCUCUGAGUUUGCGGCUGCUUUCCAGCAGUCUGGCCUCAGCAACUUUGGCUUCGUUCCCCAGAGCAAGACGGAGUGGCCGAGUCUGCGGGACAUGAUCGCCAACAAGACUCGCGUCGUGUCCUUCAUCACCAAUAUUGAUUCGUCUUCUUCAUCUCCCUACCUCCUGCCCGAAUUCGACUACGUGUUUGAGACGCCGUUUACCGUUGUCGACCUUAACGGCUUCAACUGCACUGUGGAUCGGCCCUCUAACGCCGGCACUGCUGCGCAAGCCUUUGGAUCAGGCUUCAUGGGACUCAUCAACCACUUCAAGGACCAGGAAAUCACGGCAGGCCUCACCAUUCCCGACACGGACAACAUUGUUCUUGUCAACAGUGACAACACCACCACAGCGGGAAAUUUGGGCCUCCACAUCCAGCAGUGCAACACCCAGUGGAACCACCGUCCCAGCUUCGUUCUCGUUGACUUCUGGGAUCAAGGCGAGACGGUCAAGGCUGCGGACAACAGCAACGGCAUCAACCAAGUCACCGGUAGGAUCAACGCCACCAACGACAGUUCGAGCAACUCGGCAGAUUCGACGAACCAGGCGCGCGAGUUUGGCACGGGGGCCUUGAUUGCCUUCUUUGCGGCAACGCUGUUGAUGAUUUAAGGGGCCGUGUCUCAUGCUGAGCUCAUUAUAAGCUCAGCUGAAUACGAGAAUGGGGAAAAAAAGAAACAAAUCAAAUUUAAACCAAAUCGACCCAUUUAUUCUUCUCCAGGCACGCUGCAUUUGGCAUUUUAGCGAGGCGUUUUUAUUUCAAAGGCAAUCUAGAUUGCGAUGCAUGGGGUUUCUGAUCUUUUCUUUUCUAAGAAAAAAAGAGGGGGGAAAACAUCAUCUUCUGAGGGAACUAUAGAGAUUUUUUUGAACAUUCUGGCAUUUUUGCAUAUCUACCUAUCCUUAGGCAUUGGCUCUAUUCGCCACCAAUUGAAUAUUUAUACCUGGAG